UCCGGUUGGCCAGACUGAGGCCAGCCUUUCUAAGAACUUCGCUUCCCGGCAUGCCCGGCUGCUUCCCGCGGUUCCCAGUUAACGGGCUUGAUUUCGGCAUGGCUCGAGGACCGAGCGAGUCGCUGCUUCCUCCUUUGUUUCCCCGGUGCUAGCGCGGUUGUCCUGGUUACGGCUUCCUCCCCGAGAAGUCGGGCGGUUGCCGACUAGGGCCUGAACCGAGGAGCCACGAAGGCUUCAACCGGCGGCAGCGCGGACGGUUCCAAAUUUAGCUCCAGCGCCAGCUCCGGGGCUUUCGUCCAUGGAUAUUUAAAUUGAAAGUUGCAAAGGAAAGUCCAUCAGUAGCAGCAAAGAUGUCACGAAAAAUUCCUAAAGAAUUAAAAAGAGUCAACAUCUCCAGUUCUCUAGAGUCUGAAGAUAUUAGCUUAGAAACUACAGUGCCUACAGAUGAAAUUUCCUCAUCAGAAGAAAGAGAGGGGAAAACCGUAAUCACAAGGCAGCUUAUUGAAAGAAAAGAACUGCUUCAUAACAUCCAGUUGCUGAAAAUAGAGCUCUCCCAGAAAAAUCUAAUUAUUGACAACAUGAAAGUGGACUAUCUUACAAAAAUUGAAGAGUUGGAGGAAAAACUUAAUGAUACUCUUCAUCAGAAGCAGCUGUUAGCAUUGAAAUUGGACAACCAGUGACCUUCCAGAAAAAGGGAUGUAGAAAAAUAUCAGGAAUUAAUGAAACAGGAAAUGGAAACCAUUUUAUUAAGGCAGAAACAGCUAGAGGAGACAAAUCAUCAGUUAAUAGAGAAGGCUGGAGAUAUUCGUCGUAGCUUGCGUGACUUGGAGUUAACAGAAGAUCAUUACAUGAAAUUGAAGUCUCUUCCUGAGGAUCAUACUUUCUAUCCUGAAUAUGUAUCUAUUCGGUUCUAUGAAGUAGUGAACUUUAAGAAAGAAGUAAAUGAAAUGCAGGUGAAAAAGAAUGACCUUUCAGAAGAACUAGCUGACUAAUCCCAGCUAAAGCGAUUGUCAGAGACCUAUGAGGAUGAGCGAAGAAAUCAUUCUGAACUUCAAGUUAGAUGUCAGCGUUUGGCAUUGGAAUUAGCAGAUACAAAACAGUUAAUUCAGCAAGGUGACUACAGACAAGAGAACUAUGAUAAAGUAAAAAGUGAUCGUGAUGCACUUGAACAAGAAUUAUCUGAUUUGAGACGAAAACAUGAAAUCUUAGAAGCUUCAUAUAAAGCACAAACUAAAGAAAGAAAUGACUUGUCAAAAGAGGUUGCAACUUUACAGCAGUCUCUCACUUUGCUACAAAAGGAUAAAGAAUAUCUUAAUCGCCAAAAUAUGGAACUUAAUAUACGUUGUGCCCAUGAAGAAGAUCGCCUUGAAAGACUUCAAGUUCAACUUGAGGAAGCCAAAAAGGCUAGAGAGGAAAUGUAUGAAAAAUAUGUGACUUCCAGAGACCUUUAUAAAACAGAAUAUGAAAAUAAACUAGUGAUGAACUUGAACAAAUCAAACUGAAAAACAAAUCAAGAAAUUGAACAUCUUAGAAGCACCUCAAAGGAGAGGCAUGAACGUGAGAAUAGGAAUCUGAGAGAAGCAAAGGAUAAUGCCCUGGCUGAAAAAGAAAGAGCAGCUAUGGCUGAAAAGGAUGCUUUAGAAAAACAUGAUCAACUCUUAGAACAAUACAGAGAAUUACAACUCAGUUCAGAAAGCAAAGUGGCUGAAUUUCUCCACCAGAGUAAAUUAAAAUCUUUUGAAAGUGAACGUGCUCAACUUCUACAAGAAGAAACAGCAAGAAACCUCACACAAUGUCAAUUGGAAUGUGACAAAUAUCAGAAAAAAUUGGAGGUUUUAACUAAAGAAUUUUAUGGUCUUCAAGCCUCUUCUGAGAAACGCAUUUCUGAACUUCAGGCGCAAAAUGCUGAUCAUCAGGCAAGACUAGACAAUUAUGAGAAACUAGAAAAAGAACUUGAUGAAAUAAUAAUACAGACUGCAGAAAUCGAAAAUGAGGAGGAGGCAGAACGAGUUCUUUUCUCCUAUGGUUAUGGUGCUAAUGUUCCUACAACAGCUAAAAGAAGGCUACAACAAAGUGUUCACUUGGCAAGAAGACUACUCCAGUUAGAAAAGCAAAACUCAUUGUUUGUAAAAGACCUGGAACAUCAAAAGGAACAAGUAACACAGAUUUCACAAGAGCUUGAAAAAGCCAAUUCCCUGUUAGACCAAACACAGCAACCAUACAGAUAUCUCAUUGAAUCUGUUCGUCAGCGAGAUUCUAAGAUCAGGGAACAAAGUGAACGUAUUUCUCAACUUGAAAUGGAUGUCAGUAAUUUGCAUAAAGAAAAGACAGCUUUGGUACAAAUUAAGAAUCAAAUGGCAAGAGAUUUGGAACAACUUCUAAGACACCGUGAGGAAUUGGCAGUAAUGAAACAGACUCUAAUUAAUAUGCAUAGCAAGCACUGUGGGGAUAAAUUACCUGCUCCUAAAAAUGAGACAAAAAUUAUGACUGAGACACAUCCUGUUUAUCUACCCAAAGAAAAUGAAGAAAAUAUAUUUACACCCAAACCAACGGUGUUUACCAAAAAAGGACCAUCUGAAUGGCUUAAAACACUGAAGACAAAAAGGACAUAAUUUUUUGGAAGAACUUCAAAUCUUGACAAUCACUUUGAAAGGACUUACUCUGGAGAAACAUUUUAAUGCUAAUCAUGUUCUUUGUACCUUUGAAAUGAUUGUUUUCAAAUUUUUUUUUAGCCAUAUUUUUAAAGUUGAAUUGUGCUAGCUGAUUUCACUAUAAUUAUUAAGCUACAUAGAGUAUAAUAUUUCAUACUUAUUUUUAAUCUGUUUUGAUACAGAAUAAUUUCUAGUAGAUUAUUUAUGAUCUAGGCUAAAAGGGAAGUUUUUAUAAUUGUUUAAUUUACAUUAAAGUAUAUGUCAUAAGUAUUUGUGUUUCUGUUCAUCAGUUUUUU